GCACUACACACCUACAAGACAAACAGAGGCGAGCACUUGCGUAUCUCCUCGGUUUCUAUUGUAUUGUUGUUCCACUGCACACAUGGAUGACAUCUAAGGAUGUAGCCACGAAACUGGGUGCUGCGGCAGUAGUAGCGGGUAGACUGGAGACUGGAGGUGGCACAUUGGGUCCAUUUAUUCGGAUGAUACCCGCCUACACUGAGAUCUGGACCAAUGAGUGGCUCCUCACUGAGAGCUCAAUUGAGACUUUAACAAAGGGCUUUUAUUUUGUCAGACAAGCUGCCGCGGUCAGUACUCGAGAAAAGGUGCGCGAAAUUUUAACGUCACUUUUUUUAAUGCCUUGUACGUGUUUUAAAAUUAACGACCAUGGACCGACCCAGCCUUCGGAGACUAUUUUCUGCCUGUGAUAUGAACAAGUCCGGGAGGAUUGAAUACGAGGACUUCACGGUUGUUUGCCGGGAGCUCCACGUCCCUGAAACCGAGAUCAAAACUCUGUUCGGCAAGUUCGACGCGGACGAAGACGGAUACAUCGACUACAGCAAGUUUUCGUCCAGGUUUCAGGAGUUUUCAGAGACUCUGGACCUGGCGUCGUUUGGCGCGGGGUCGUCCCAAAACCAAGGCUGUCCGUGGGAAGAGUUUGUGAGCAGGAUAGAUGCGGAAUCUCUCCUGUCUGAAAGUCUCAGGGAGCAGCUCGCUGAUCUUUACCAGGCCAUUCAUUCCUCUGCAAACAUGACCCUGCUGCAGCAGUAUGAGGAAAUCAUCCACUCUCUGGUCAGCCAAAGCCUGGACUCCAGACUGGCGUGUGAACAGCUGGAGACCAGUUUGAAGCGAGCCGAGGAGAUGAACAACAGUCAGCUGGCAGAGCUGGAGGAUGAUAUACAACAACAACUCGCCAGAACAGAGAAGAGGGUGAGGGACGAGGAGCGUAAGAAAAUGGAAGGAAUUAUGACCACCAUGCAAAGGAAGCAUGAGAAUGAGGUCGCAGACCUGCAUGCAUCUGUGGACAGACUGUUAAAGAACCAGGAGGACUCUGAGUUUAACAGUUCAAAGGAAGAAGUGGUCAGGCUGAACAGACAAAUCAGCGAGCUUUCACAGGAAAACGAGCAGCUGCGGGCCUCUCUGUUGCAAGCCCAGACGAACAUCGCUAUCCUGCACGCGGAGCUGGACAAGCUGAAGAACAUGUACGCAGAUCAGAAAGCUCAACAUGAAAGAGAAACAGAAAAUUUGAAGAUGAUGGUGAUGGAAUAUGAGUCGUACUCCAGUCAGAUUCAGAUCCUCCAGGAAAUGAAUAAAAAGCUUUAUGACAGUAAUGACGGGCUUCGCUCAGCGUUGGCCAGUGAAGUGGUUGCAGCUAAAAGGAGGCUGUCUCCCCAAAAUGAAAUCCCAGCCCGAAGGAUGAAACCCCUCCGACAGAGCACACUCAACCACAGCAGGUCAGAGUCAGAUCCCAGCAAAACGACUUACUCUCAUGUGGCCACCUGGGCUGAUAAGUACCUGGACAGUGGAGUCUCUCUGCCGAUGGACACAGCUGAGAGCUCAGGCAGUGAUUAUGACAGCGACGACAGCAGAGGCUCGGUGGAAACGGUGCACCGCAGCUACUCCUACGUCCCGUCUGAUGUGGAGAUAUCAGACGUCAAAUCUGAAGCCACGGUGUCAAUAGCUCCCAGCAGGGCGAGCUCCAUUGCAUCAUCGCUAAGAAGACGCCUGUCUGCAUUUUCCACAAAGCCUUUAGAGGCAGACAUAGAAGAAACUGAGGAACCUGCCCCGAUGUACCGUCUGGUUUUAGCUGGAGACGCCGGAGCUGGAAAGUCCAGCUUCAUGCUGAGACUGACACUGAACGAGUUCAGAGGAGACAUUCAGACAACGCUGGGAGUUGAUUUCCAAAUGAAGAGGAUGCUAGUGGAUGGAGAGAAGACGAGCCUGCAGAUAUGGGACACAGCUGGGCAGGAGAGGUUCCGUAGCAUUGCCAGAUCUUAUUUCCGUAAAGCUCAUGGCGUCUUGCUGCUCUAUGAUGUUACUUCAGAAAGCAGCUUCCUUAACAUCAGGGCGUGGGUGGAUCAGAUUCAGGAUUCAGCAGAUGAGAAAAUCCCCAUGUGUGUUAUUGGAAACAAGGUGGACCUCCGAGAGCAGCUCGCAGAGGGGAGCUGCGUGAGCACUUUGCACGGAGAGAAGUUGGCCAAGGCAUAUGGUGCCUUAUUCUGCGAAACCAGUGCCAAAGAGGGAACCAACGUCGUUGAGGCUGUGCUUCAUCUAGCAAGAGAAGUAAAGAAAAAUGUCAAAUUGAGGCGGCAGUCAGAUUCUCAGGUCAAACUGAGUCAAACCAACCCAAAGAAGACUCUUAACAACUGCUGCGGACUGUAGAUGUUUGAGAUCAGUAUAGAUACAAAGGAGCAAUGAAGGAUACCAAGUGAUUUUUAUUUUCUCAUGUAGAACCUAAUUUUGUGUUUUAACUUGUAAAAUAUAUUUUCAUAAAAGUUAAUUCUCUGGUCAAAAUGAAGGUUUCUAUUGCUGGCACAUGUACAAAUAUAAUGUAAUCAUGCUUAUAUCUUUCUUAGGUUUUGUAUUUAUGCGGUAGUAAAGUAAUUUUAUGAUAAAUAAGGAAUAUUGAUGCCUGAGUUCAGAUUGAACCUAAAAAGCUUUAAGUGUUUUUAUCAGACAGAAAUAAUUAACAAAUCUUUUUAAAGUACUGUUUUUUCUUUUUUCCUUUGAGACCAAACUUUGGUGACAGAGGUGACUGGUUAUUUGAAAUAUCGAGAAAAAGACUACAUUUUUUGAAACGUUUUUAUUUUAAGCAUCACUGUAUGCGAUAUUACAGUUUUAACACCAUUACUUAUUGAAGCAGAAUUUCACAGAUUUGUGUUGUUGAAAGUGUUACUUUUUUUUUUUUAAAUAGUAUUUGAGUAUCUGUGAUACCAGAACAUUUUCCAGGACCCAUUUUUAUGACAAAAAGAAAUGUAACCCUGUUUCCAAAUAAAACAUAACUGGAAAGAUGA